AUGUCGGAUCAACUGCCUGAGCUCAACACCCUGCCGUGUGCAGUUUCAGCACAGUACGCAGCAACUGACGGAGCAGAAGAUGCAAGGGAGAUGAGACUGAGAGCGCUUGAAGGGCUGCUGGAGGAGACACGGAAGGGACUGAAGGAGGCUGAGAGGAGCAGAGCAGCCGAGUUGGUGUUACUGAAAGGGGAGCUGCUAACCGUGCGGGGAGAGCUGGUGACUGCAAGGGGGGAGUUGCUAACAACAAGGGGGGAGCUGGCGAUUGUGAAAGGGGAGUUGGAUGCAGUGAAAAAGGGGUUUAUGGAAUCAAAAGGAGAGCUGGCUGAACAGGAGUGCUUGCAGAAAGUGAAGGGGGAAAAGCCGGCUUUGGAGGAGGAGGUGAAGGAGGUGAAGAGGAAAGGAGUGUGUUUGGAUCAGGCAGCAGUGAUGCCGUGCCCGGCACCGAAGCAUCUGGAGUUUGACGUUGAAGAGGAGCUGAGGAUGCGCCAGGGGGUUCAUAAAAUGGUUUGGCAGAGGAUUCAUGCGACCACAACACUGGAUCUGAAGGGCCUCCCCGUGCUCAUGAAGCUCUCUCAUGCGCUCUCUCAUGCGCUCUCUCACGCGCUCUCUCACGCACUCUCUCACGCGCUCUCUCACGGGCUCUCUCACGCACUCUCACUCGCUCUCUCUCGCACUCUCUCUCGCGCUCUCUCACGCGCUCCCUCACGCGCUCUCUCACGCACUCUCUCACGCACUCUCUCACGCGCUCUCUCACGCGCUCUCUCACGCGCUCUCUCACGUGCUCUCUCACUCGCUCUCACUCGCUCUCUCUCGCGCUCUCUCACGCGCUCUGUCACGCGCUCUCUCACGCGCUCUCUCACACGCACUCACGCGCUCUCUCACACACACCCUCACGCGCACACUCACGCGCACUCUCAUGCGCUCUCACCCGCUCUCUCAUGCGCUCUCUCACGCGCUCUCUCACACGCCCUCUCAUGCUCUCUCCCUCUCGCGCUCACUCACGCGCUCUCUCACACGCUCUCUCACGUGCUCUCUCACGCGCACUCUCACGCGCCCUCUCAUGCUCUCUCUCUCUCGCGCUCACUCACGCGCUCUCUCACGAGCUCUCACACGCGCACUCUACUCUCACACGCACUCUCACGCGCUCUCACCCGUGCUCUCUCACGCGCUCUCUCACACGCACUCUCACGCGCUCUCUCACGCGCACUCUCACGCGCACUCUCAUGCGCUCUCACCCGCUCUCUCACACGCUCUCUCACGCACUCUCUCACGCGCACUCUCACCCGCUCUCUCACGCGCUCUCUCACCCGCUCUAUCACGCGCUCUCUCACGUGCUCUCUCACGCGCUCUCUCAUGCGCUCUCUCACACGCCCUCUCAUGCUCUCUCCCUCUCUCGCGCUCACUCACGCACUCUCUCACGCGCCCUCUCAUGCUCUCCCUCACUCGCUCUCUCACGCGCUCUCUCUCGCGCUCACUCACGCGCUCUCUCUCGCGCUCACUCACGCGCUCUCUCACGAGCUCUCACACGCGCACUCUACUCUCACGCGCACUCUCAGGCGCUCUCACCCGCGCUCUCUCACGCGCUCUCUCACACGCACUCUCACGCGCUCUCUCACGCGCACUCUCACGCGCACUCUCACGCGCUCUCUCACGCGCACUCUCACGCGCUCUCUCACGCGCACUCUCACCCGCUCUCUCACGCGCUCUCUCACGCCCUCUCUCACGUCCUCUCUCCCACGCACUCCCUCACGCGCUCUCUCACGUGCACUCUCACACGCUCUCUCACGCGCACUCGGACUCUCACGCGCUCUCUCACGCGCUCUCUCACGCGCUCUCUCACGCGCUCUCUCACGCGCUCUCUCACGCGCUCUCUCACGUGCUCUCUCACGCGCACUCUCCUGA